AUGCGCUUCAUCGCAUCUACCCUCGUCGCCAUCGGCAUGUGCGCGACUGUAUUCCAGCCUGCCGCUGCGGUGAACCCCGGGAACAACUCUCUCCACAUCAACGCUACCGACAACUUUGAAGUCGCCGUCUUGAAAGAAUUCGGCCAAGAUGUUUUCGACGGUCUUGCGUCGGAUUCGUGCAACGUGUGGAACUGUCUUGGCGAAGUCGCGACGCUGACGCCCUGCCUCUUGAAAUGCGUAAUCGAGGGCAGCGUUACUUGCGUUAUCGGCUGCGUAGGUGCAACCAACAUCUGCCCGUGCAUCAACUGCUUCCCGAAGAAGAUCGUCGAUAUGCUCCACAAGUUUGGUAUCUGUGGUUGA